UUGUUUACAACGUGCCAACGGUGAAACUCGGCCGAAAAAUUGAAAACCACCGUGUUUCCCGCCCGCUGCCCCUCCACUGUAAGCCUCGAAUUGGAGAUGCAAUAUUUUAACUGCACUUUCUGAGGAUGAACGUGGCCAAGGGAGGCAGCAGGAGAGAGGAGUUGUCCAUUUCGGAGGAGGGUGGCGAGCGUCCCCACGGUGAAGGUAAUGGCGCAGUCGGCUCCAAAACACGGCAGGACGACGACGCCUCUUCCUCCGUCAGCCACGACCCCCGCGUCAAAGAUGAGGCCCUCCUGCCCCGCGUGGUGUACGGCAAGGGCAGGGUGGAGGUGCUGGAAGAGCCGUGGGUGGUGGAGGGCGACGGGGACACUCCCGAGGAGGAGGUCGAGACCGAGGCGCCCUCGGCCGAAGGACUCGACUCCUGCGUCGUGGACCUCGCCGAGGACUUCAGUAGGAUUUUUAACGUGAACAGCUUCGGGAGCUUUCAAGAAUUUGAGAAGCUAUUCAACAAAUUCAAAGAGGAGACUGGCUCUGUGUUCCGAGUCAAAUCAUCGUGCAGCGUGGCUUACGAGAACUCCAGGCGAAAGAAGCACUUCAUCCCAGCGCGAUUUAAGUUUGUUUCUAUUAAGUAUUGCUGUGUUCACUAUGGCCAGCCCAAAGUCACCGGCCAGGGCAUCCGCACAAAGCAGAGGUAUCUCCCCUGUGGAUGUGGAUGUGUUUUAUCACUGGCCUACAACCGAGGGGCGCUGUUCAUCUCUCAGGUCAUCAUGCAGCACAACCAUGAGGUGAGCAAUGAGAUGGCACCUUACUAUGCCAUUAACAGAAGAAUCAGCAAUAGUGAGCUUAAGCAAGUGGCACAUGUGAUAGACUUGAUGCCUAGUAGCCGAGCCUUACAACAGUUCCUGCAAGAGCACUUUCACAGGCCCAUCACGCUCCAAGAUGCCAAAAACAUACGAGCCAGACUGAAGAUGAUCCAGAUGCAGCCACACUGCGUCAUCAAGCAUAAUGUAAAGAGUGUCUCUCAGACAAAGGAAGAGAAGCAAGUUGAGGAAGAGGAGAGAAAUGAUAUUGAACAUGAGAUAGAAGAGGAGGAGGCUUUAGAGAGGCCAGGGGAUUUCACAGAGCUGGAAGUGGUUGCCAGCGACCAUGACCUUCAGGAAUAUAAACAGUGCCAACAACAGCACUUUGUUCAGAAUUUAGAAGAAGAUGAACACGUUUCUCAACCCAAGUGGAAGACCAAAGUGAUCAGUGAGGUGAAGACAAAAUUAGUGAAUCUCAUGAGUAGCUGGGAGAACAACUUGUUCUGGGAACGUGUGUCUGUCAUCAACAAGUUAUUAGACUGUUGGGAAAAUGGGGAUAGCUUUGAUUUAAGUUACAAUCAAGAGACUGUAUACAGCCAAGGUCAGGGUGUGGUUAUCAAGAAAGAACCAGAAAAUACACUGACUCCAGAAAACAUGGGACCACAUGCAAGAAGAGUUCAAGUAGGGAAACACAGAAAAACACAUAUGGACAGAAAAGUGCCUCACUCCAAUAAUGAACCAGAUAGUCAGUUGAAUUUCAUGCUACCUCUACUCAGUGGUGCUAACAUGCAGCUUCUUCCAGCUUCCAUUAAAGGCUCAUCCCCUAAGCUGAUGAUUCCACAGAAGGAAAAGUGUGGAGAAGUAAUACAGAAAAGAAGGCCUGGAAGACCAAGAAAAUACCCUUUAAAGCAAAAAGAAGGUGUGACUCCAUUAUCAAAGAGUGGAAAUGCACCCAGCUUAGAGACAGGCAGUCAGGAAAAACUUAUCAAAGGUAAUCAAGACAUGCAGCCAAUUGUCUUAUCUGUGACAAGGGACAGUGCUACAGAUACCACUGACCAAGCAAUGGAAGUUGAGAUUGAAGUGAACGGCGAUGUGAUUAAAGUGAAACGAAUCAAGCAAGAACCACUCGAUUACUGUGAGGUUGAUGCUACAGAUAUUUCUCAGUAUCAGUAUGAUGAACAUUCGUAUGUUUGAUUUUUCUGCAAAAUAUUGUUUGAUUAUUUGAUGGAAUUUUCUUUGUAAAUCUGAUAUUUACACAUCUUUGUUGACAAUUUCUUUUGAAUGGAAUUAUGUAUUUAGAAAUGAAAGCUUACAUAUUCUUUUCAGAUUUAUAUAUAUUCAGUGAUCUUAUAUAAAUGUUCCUAAGAUAUGGUUGUUCUCAAGUAAUAGAUUUAUAAGCAAAUUAACUCAAAAUAAAAUUAUCCAAAGAAAUUAAUCAACACAUUCCUACCCCAUUGCUUCUUCAUUGAUAUAAUCUUACACAAUUCCUGAAAAAGAAACCAUUGAUAUUUGUUCCUAGUAAUUUUUUCUGAGAUAUAGGAAAGAUAAAAUAAACAGAUAAUAAAUAUUUACUUGGAAGAA